GAUUUUUUCUAUAUGUGCAGGUCAGCCUGACUUUGGACAUAUCAGCAAACUUGGAGACGCUAUUUACUUGGAAUACAAAGCAGGUCUUUGUAUUUUUAGCAGCAGAAUAUGAAACCCCAAAGAACGCGCUCAAUCAGAUCUCGUUGUGGGAUAGUAUCAUACCCUCCAAAGAGCAAGCAAAACUUAGGAUCGACACAACUAACAAGUACCGUUUUAUUGAUCAAGGAAGCAAUCUACGUGGCAAAGACUUUAAUUUGACAUUGCAUUGGCAUGUAAUGCCAAAGACCGGAAAAAUGCUUGCAGACAAAUUGGUACUGAGUGGCUUUCGUUUGCCCGAGGCCUAUAGGUAAAAGAUUUGCCUUUUAUGACAGACAUAUAUACUACAACUUUUAAGUCUUCCCUUUGUUGGAGGUACAAAUAGUCGAGAUUAUCUUUUUUUAUCAUGCCAGAGAAAUAUUUAUGUGACCCUUCACUAUUUAAUAUUAGAAAAAUCAAGAUUGAGUUUAUACAUUUUUUAUUUGGAUAUU